AUGGGGGCUGGAGCGGGGUUCAUGGCGCUGCUGCUACAACUGGGCGCACUGGCGGCGGCGGCAGGGACCGACCGGGACGCGCUGCUGGCGUUCAAGGCCGCCGUGUCGGACCCGUCCGGCAAGCUCCGGUCGUGGAACGACGCGGUGCACUUCUGCCGGUGGCCGGGCGUGAGCUGCACCGCGGGGCGCGUCACGUCGCUGGACGUGUCCGCGCACGGCCUCACCGGGACGCUGUCCCCGGCCGUCGGCGACCUGGAGCACCUCCGGGUCCUCAACCUCACCGACAACGGCGUCUCGGGGAGGAUCCCGGCGAGCCUCGGCCGGCUCCGGCGCCUCACGUACCUCAGCCUCUGCGACAAUGCGUUCACGGGGGAGAUACCCGCCGCGCUCCGCAACUGCAGCGUCCUCGCCGUCGCGUUCCUCAACAACAACAACCUCACCGGCGGCGUCCCGGAGUGGCUCGACGCGCUCCAGAACCUCACCGUCCUCGGGCUCGGCCACAACUCGCUCUCCGGCCGCAUCCCGCCGUCGCUCGGGAACCUCACGAAGAUCCAGAAGCUCCAGCUAGACCAGAACCUCCUCGAGGGUGGCAUCCCCGACGGCCUCUCGCGCCUGCCCGACCUCCGGUUCUUCAACGUCUACCAGAACCGCCUCACCGGGGAGAUCCCGCCGGGCUUCUUCAACAUGUCGUCGCUGCAACGCUUCUCCGUGGCCAAUAACAUGUUCCACGGGGAACUCUCCGCCGACGCGGGCGCGCGCUGGCCGGAUCUUCAGUUCCUCUUCCUCGGCGGGAACAACCUCAGCGGGCCGAUCCCGGCGUCGCUCGCCAUGGCGUCGAACCUGAAGGCCCUCAGCCUCGCCAACAACAGCUUCACCGGGCGCGUGCCACCCGAGAUCGGCAGCCUCUGCAUGGAGUCGCUCGAGCUGUCCAACAACAAGCUCACAGCCACCGACGCCGGCGGCUGGGAGUUCUUGGAGGGCUUAACCAACUGCAGCGCGCUGGUCGAGAUCUAUCUCGACGGCAACAAGUUUGGCGGCGCGAUGCCAGCUUCCAUCUCCCGCCUCUCGGCGCAGCUCCAGACGCUGAACCUCGGCGGCAACAGCAUAUCCGGCGUGAUACCGUCAAGCAUCGGGAAUCUCGUUGGGCUGCAGACGUUGGAUGCCCACUCCAACCUCCUCGACGGCGAGAUCCCGGAAGGCAUUGGGAAGCUGAAGAAUCUCCAAGAAUUGAGGUUACAGCAGAACAGGCUAACCGGGCCAGUGCCAUCCUCCAUUGGCAGCCUCUCGCAGCUUCUAAGCCUGGACCUGAGCAGAAACUUGCUGAACGGAACGAUUCCUUCCAGCAUCGGCGGCCUCCAGCAGCUUACACUGAUUGACCUCUCCGGCAACAAGCUCACCGGCCACAUCCCCAAAGAACUGGUCAGCUUGCAAUCGUUGUCGUUCGCGAUGGACUUGUCGGAUAACCGGCUCGAUGGCCGCCUCCCACACGAAGUCGGCCAGCUCGUGCAACUUGCAAUCAUGACACUGUCCGGAAACCGCUUCUCCGGCGAGGUGCCGGCCGAGCUCGGGAGCUGCCAGAGCCUGGAGUUUCUAGACUUGGACAGCAAUCUCUUCACCGGAAGCAUCCCGUCAUCGUUGAGCAGGUUGAAGGGGCUCAGGAGGCUGAACCUGACAGGCAACAGAUUGACAGGAAGCAUCCCGCCGCAGCUCAGCCAGAUGCUAGGGCUCCAGGAGCUGUACCUGUCACGGAACGACUUGUCCGGCGGCAUACCGGCAGGGUUGGAGAACGUGAGCUCGCUGGUUGAGCUCGACGUGUCUUACAACCACCUCGAGGGCCAGGUUCCAACGCUCGGCGUGUUCGCGAACACGACCGGGUUCAAGAUGGCCGGCAACGGGGCACUCUGCGGCGGCGCUGCGCGGCACCUUUUGCCGCCUUGCCGGCCGACCAAGACCACCCCGGCUGGUCACCUGCUUCUCAAGAUCGUGUUGCCCAUCUUUGGAUUGGCUCUCUGCCUUGCCUUGCUGUUUGCUCUGCUUCUGCUCCGGUGCCGCAGGAGGAGGUCAAAGAUUGCAGACACCACAGCUCGAAGCUUGCUCAACGGCAACAAUUACCCAAGAGUCUCUUACGCCGAACUGGCAAAAGCAACUGAAGACUUCUCCAAUGGCAACCUGAUCGGCGCCGGGAAGUAUGGGUCCGUCUACCGAGGGAUCCUGUCACUGAAGGCGAAGGGGAGCUUUGAGCUCCAGGAUGUUGCCGUGGCAGUGAAGGUGUUCCAUCUCCAGCAAGUCGGUGCCUCCAAGACCUUCCUGUCGGAAUGCGAGGCUCUGCGACGGGUCAAGCACCGCAACCUGGCCAGCAUCAUCACCUGCUGCUCCAGCAUCGACGCUAAGGGUAACGACUUCAGGGCUCUAGUGUUCGAUUUCAUGCCCAAUUCCAGCCUCGACAGGUGGCUGCACCCGAGUUUGGUUGAAAUCACGGAAGGGCGUGUCCUAAGCGUAGUCCAGAGGUUCAGCAUCGCCGCGGACAUCGCCGACGCUCUGAACUAUCUCCACAGCAGCUGUGAACCGCCGAUCGUCCACUGCGAUCUCAAGCCAAGCAACGUUCUCCUUGGUGACGACAUGGCGGCCUGCAUCGGUGACUUUGGCCUUGCCAAGCUUCUUCCCGAUCCAGGAAGCCAUGGUUCUGAAGAUCCUGAAAGCACUAUCGGCAUCAGAGGCACAAUCGGCUAUGUUGCGCCAGAAUACGGCACGUCAGGGGAGGUAUCCACCUGUGGUGACGUGUACAGCUUUGGGAUCACGCUUCUUGAGAUAUUUGUGGGGAAGGCCCCGACCGACGAAGCUUUCAAGGAUGGCCUGACGCUGCCGGAGUUUGUCAGCGAGGCGUUCCCGGAUAAGCUAGAGCAGAUUCUCGAUCCGGCUCUGCUGCAGGACGAGGAAUUGCUCAGUGGGGCUGUGCCAUCUUCAGAGGAAAGCGAGUUGCGUGUAACGGCGUAUGAUUGCCUGGUUUCUGCCGUAAGAGUCGGGCUCAGCUGCUGUAGGCAGGCGCCGUGCCAAAGAAUGGCCAUGAGGGAUGCAGCUGCGGAGCUGUGCUCGAUCAGAGAUGCCUGCGUCCGUGCCUAUGGUCAGUGAGAUUCAGGGAGUCCAAGCUCAGGUCGCCCUGUUUAACCAAAUGGCUACUGUAAGAACUGCAUUUUUUGAGUUUCAAUCACAUAAUUGUACUUCAAUAGUUUUCAGAGUACGGAUGCACAGGAAAUGUAUUCUGUACUUUUCUGAACUUUCCUUAACUACAGGUAGGUGAGCUGGGUGUGUGUAUUGGUAUGGGUUUAGAAAUUAGAACUCAAAUUAUUCUCACGCACUCGAGCACAUUUAC